AUGGCUUCUGCUACACCUGCAACUCCAACUACAAAAGAAACAACUAAUUAUGCCAGGUUAUGCUGUGUUCUUGUCGAUUUGGGAACUUGUGCCCUCAGGGAUUGCUUUGAUGCCAUCUGCACACCACCAACUCUUCACACGAUCUUGGCAGCCAGUAAUCCUUCAUUAAAGUCUUUGAGAUCGAGAAGAAUCAUCAAUGCGACUCAAUGGGGAAAACUUUUCCCAGCCAUUUCUACUUCAGUCUCGUCAAAACAUUUUGACAUCACUCUCCUGAUGACUUUACUACGCAACAUCUGCGGUCUGGCUCCUCCGGUAACCGGAUGGGACGUGCUCCCCGCUGCCACAGACCUGAGCCGUGAGGCGGACAUUGCACGAGUCAAAUACUUCAGGAAUACAGUGUACGCUCAUGCCGAGCACGCUUCUAUUGAUGACGCGGCGUUUAACUCACACUGGAAGGAAAUCCGAGACACUCUAGUACGGCUAGGAGGAGCUACAUACAAGGUAAAAUAGAUUCAAACUCUGAUAUCAAUAUUCUGUCGGUCUUUUCCUCACGUACCACGCCUCCUCCUAAUGCUUUCUUCUAAUUUUUGUGUUUGUUUUUGCAGGUGUGUUGUUGUUGUUGUUUUUUAUGCACAACUAUUAUUAAUUAUUAUUUUACAUAAUUCAGUGAUAUAUAUAUUCUCCGUUCUAUUUCAAGGUCGCUAUUGACAACUUGGAAGUUUGCUGCAUGGAUCCCGAUAUGGAGUGCCAUUACAAAGAACUCCUUCAUCAGUGGAAAAAUGAUGAAGAUAACAUAAAAGAUGAGUUAAAAGAAAUUCGCACCAACGUGAAAGAAGUUGGAACUAACAUAAAAGAAUUUGGCAGCGAAGUAAAAGAGAUUGGUACUAACAUCAAAGAAUGUGACACCAGCAUAAAAGAAGUUAGCAACGGUGUAAAAGAAAUUGGUUCCGAAGUAAAAAACCUCACAAAGAAGCUUGAUGACUUUGUAGCGUCAACUAUGAUUCCAGCCAGUACUGAAGGUGCGUAAAUAACGCUUUUUCUUCUUAAAAGGUCUAGAAGCUAAAACUCUAACACCAAGAAAAGCGUGAAAUAAAGCGUCAGAAGCUUACACAUGAAAGAUGUCUAAGAUAUAAAAUUGAUAUUUUUCAAAAUAAUGUAAAACAUCUAGGUCUAAGUUUCUGAUUUUCCUUUUAACUUGCCGGCAAUUGUUUACACUAAACAGCUUAAACUACGUUUCCCAGAGGUGGUAGUAUUGAAACGUGGAAUAAAGUAGUCGCCAGAAUUUCGGAGUCUGAGUCUAUAUAUAUGAUAUAGUGGACGACACAGGUUGCACUUAACUCUCGAUUUCAACAUAGUUAUAACUAUAUAUGGCUACAAGUAUGAUCGAGGUAUAGUUUCACAGCUGCGACAAUGACGGUAAAAGUUGUUAGGCUUUUGUACACCCAAGUAAGGCUCCGUGAACUGCUUUACUUGGUUGCUUAGCAACUGUUAAAAAACGUUGUUUGCUGCGGUAAUAAUUUUAAAAUGUGUGUCGUUUUUAACUUCUUUCAUGUGGUUAUCCUUCUUCUGAAUGGGCACCCAUAUUCCCUUUUUUAUUUUUCGGCUCAGUUGCUGGCAUGGUCUGUAUGGACAAGUUGAAAAUGUUCGUUGGCGACAGUGCCAAGACGUUACUUGCCAGCUUUAGCACUCUAGGUGGAAUUUCGUCAUAACCUGUGCUUUGAGUUGGAUUUUUAAGUUUAAAGAAACUUGCUUCUCUUUGAAGUUGACAUUGGGAACAUGAACGUGAUAUGAGACAACUCACGAUCAACGGUGAAACAAACUUGUCUCGCCCCAUAUAAUGGAAUCCAAGACAGUCUCGGAUUCUGGAUUCCUUGAGUUGUACUCCGGAUUCCACGAGCAAAAUUCCUCCGGAUUCCGGAAUCUGAUUUCUCUUACCUGGUUGCACUUGUCGGUCUGCAAUACCCUUACGGGCUAACUCUGAUAUAAUCUUAUUUUUCAGUUUUUUUUAAGGUCUUGACAGCAUUUUGGUAAAAGACGGUAUAAAAAUCUUCGAGGAUGCAUACUCCUCCAAAAUGUAACGAACGUCUAAGACUUGUAGUUUACUUUCCGUUUCAGGUGUGUUAAAAUGCACGUUAAUCAAUCAAUAUAUUGAAUUUCGUUUUUCUUAAGGUAGCAACCAAACAACGAAAAGGAUAGUGGACACUUCGUCGGUGUGCAGAGAAAAAUAUCACGAGAAUGAACUUGUGACGUUAUACUGUAAAAAAUGCAAAGUAUGUAUUUGCGACAAGUGUAGACAAACUCGCCACAAUCAUCACACCACUGUGGAUAUCUACCAAGCUGCAGAACAGCACAAAGUCGAUAUCGAGGAUAUUUUGCAAGAUAUGAAGAGAGAACUUGAUAAUUACAAGGAGCGUGCAGAAAAAACAAAGGAAUCCUUGAAAGAGAGUAGAGAGAGGAUAGCUACGGCACGAAAUAAAGUAAUGACUUCUGUUGGAGAACUCAUCCGACUUUUAGAGGAACAUGAGACAGCUAUGAUAACCAGAUUAGAUGUAUUUGAAGAAAAAGAACAAAGAGAGCACGCAGCACAACUGGAACAUUUCCAAAUUUCUAUGAAUCAGUUGCAAAAACAGGUCGAGUGGUGCGAAGGCAUCUUACUGAGAAGGAAAAGCGUUGAAAUUUUGCAAGUGCAUCAUGUUCUUAUUGCACGGUGCAGAGGUCUUUUAAAUGCAGAGAAACUACACAUUUAUAAGCCAUCGCAUGUCAGAUACCAGAUAAAUGAAGAACAUGUAAAAAAUGUGAGAAGCGCAGUUACUGCUGUCGGUCGAGUUGUAGUAAGUAACACAAAUCCUGAGCAGUCGAUGAUUGAAGAAACAGGGCUGAAAAAUGUGUACUUGGGAAAAGAAGCAACAAUUAAGAUUACGACAAAAGAUUUUGAUGGAAACUGGUGCUAUGACGAUAUGGAUCAGAUUCAUGUACAAGUACAAUCUCCAUCAGGAAAGGUAUUGAAUCAUUUCAUCGCCCGGGGAGUGGAUGGUGCAUUUCACGUCACUUACACACCAGUUUGUGUUGGACAGCACGAGGUACUGAUUGCGGUAAACGGUGAGCUCCUACCCGGUAAUCCAUGGCGUGUUCAUGUCACCUCACAUCGUUAUAAGUAUCAUUUUUCUUUUGGUUCAAUUGGGGAAAGACGAGGACAGCCUGUACUUGAUUGGCCCGUUUGUAUUGCAAUAGAUGACAAUUCAAAGAACGUUGCGGUGGCAGAUUUGAUGAAUGGGGUACAGUUAUUUAGUUCAGAAGGAAAGUAUAUGGGAGAUAUUAGCACCAACCAACUUAAUAAACCCACAUCGGUAGCAUUCAGCAAGUCAAGUGAAUUAAUAGUUACUGCGUCUGAUAAAAUUUUUUGUUUCGAUAAAAGCUAUAAAUUUGUGAAACUUGUCACCAACAAACACAUUAAGACACCACACUGCCUGACAAUUGCAGGCGAUGGGCGUUUGAUGGUGUGUGACUGGUAUGACGAUACAGUCAAGGUACUGUCCUCUGACGGCACACAGCUUUUACUCACAAUCACUGAUCCUGAACGUGAAACUCCGUGCUAUGCUGUGUGCUGCCAAAAUAGUUUUUUUUGCUUCGUAUUAUGA